AUGAAUCUUGUGUUACCGCUACUACCAACAGCACGGCAGCUGUUAUGUGUGGCAUUUGCCAUCUUCAAAUUGUUCGGGUUCAUACCGUUCCCGUUCGAUUGCUACAAGUUUGAGCUGAAACCUUCCAGUUCCAGAACGACAUUGAUGCAUCUUCCUCUUGCCCAACUGCUCUUCUACGUCAUCGUACACUGUACUGUCAUGUUGAAAAGUGCUGACAUAUUUUACACCGAGCUACAGAUCCUGAACUUCAACGACAUUUUAAAAUAUGGAUCCCUGAUGAUGGCUGUUUUCGUGAUUUUUAUUUGUACCAUAGUACAGCGCAACACACAUCGAAGGGUUUGGGAAAUGUUGAGACUUAUUCGUGGCACUACGCGUAAGGAGUGCGUACAACGCUUUACACGCCAAUACCUGUGGAAGUUCUAUGGUUACCUGUUGUUUAGUGUCAGCAUUGAAGCUCUAGAGCUGUAUAGUAUUCGUAAUUCUCUGCCCGAUUUUGCGUACUGGUUGGUGACACUUAACUUGAGCGCCUUUCUUCGAUUGCGUCAUCUUUUCCACAUGUUUUUCAUAAAUUUAUUAAAGAUACAGCUCAAGCAGUUACAGUAUGGGCUAGUGGAUGUUAGCGGCUAUAUGGGCCAUCUUCAUGGACAGCCGAAAGAAUCGGACUUGUACCGGGAGAUGAACGAACGUUGCGUUGAUCGUUUGCUCGAGUUGAAACAUGUGUACGGACAGCUGUGGGAGUUGAGUGACUGCAUCAACCGUACCUUUGGAUGUUCACAGAUUUGUAAUUUUGCAGGCAAUUUUGUACAGCUUUCGUGUGAUCUUUACUGGUGUUACAUGACCGCGAAAGGAUACGGUGUUGGUGACUACCAAGAUUUAACGUUCAUUACAUUAUUACCAACGUCAUGUCUUAUUGUCCUAUUGCUGAAUUCUGCCGAAGUAUGCCUUCGUGUGACAUCCUCACUUCAGUCAAUACUGCUGGAAAUUCCCCACGGAAAUGAUCCUACCUUUCGAAAGAUCGUCUACCGAUUCGGUUUGCAGAUCGAACAGCAAAAGAUACGCCUGACAGCUUACGGAUUGUUCGAAAUUAAUUAUUCACUCUUGAGAAUGUUCGCUACGGGAAUUACGACGUACAUGAUUAUUUUCAUCACGUUUUCUAAAGAGCUUACUCCAGAAGAAGUCUCUGAUGGCUAA